AUGGCAAAAAAAGUUCAACCGUCUGCAGCUUACUUUGAAGAAUACGAUGACAGCACAGGCGACGUUGUUUCCGGAACUCGCCAAAGCGCAAAUAUUGCUGCCAAGCGACCCAAACCAUUGGAACUUGGACCCUUUGAUUUUGCAAGCGACUCUGGCUAUUCAAGCCGUACUGCCACUACUGGAGCCAGUGGACAAUCCCGUGCCAGUGGAAGACCCGGCCCUUUACCUUUAACCGUGAAUACUGCCACCAGUUCUAGGUCAUUUCCACAGCAACCACCACCUCCUCCUCUGGCAACCCGCGUCAAGGAAAGCCGCAAGGAAAAAGGAAAGCAAAAAGAAGACAGAAGGAUAUCAGCCGAGAUGAUGCACAUGGAGCAUUUGCGAAAUGCAAAUGGCAUGGCCGUUCCUGGCAGGUCGGCUUCUAAAUCCCAGCGCCGGGAGAGCGUCAGUUUGCAACAUCAACCAGAAAUGUGCUGGCAAUGUGCAAAUGGCUUUCAUCACAGCGUGAAUGGAAUGCAUUCUGCUUCUCCUAUGGAUCCUCGGAGUGUGAAUGGCUACCCCUCGUACUACUACUCGCAGGCGCCUCCAGUGCAAAACCCUCCCCCUGCGUCUCCCCAGUCGGCACAGUUCCAGUAUCCCUAUGGUCCUGACGUUUUGAUUGCACACUCCUCCCAACGUCAACGGAGACCAAGUCGUUCCACUACCUAUCAUCCCGAUGGCAGUAGUAGGCCUAUAAGCUACCACGGCGGUAGGCAGGAAUCGCUCUACAAUCCAGGUUCUCUUCCCAUGAGCCACUAUGAACAAGGACCACCCUCUGUAUACUCUUCUUAUUAUACCCAACCGUCGACGCCACGCCAGCAGUACUAUGCUGAACCCGGUGCCACUUUUCAGGCCAUCUAUGAGAGACCACGUAGCUCCAUGUCCCGACCAAGGGAACAACAUCGACGGUCCUCUGUUUAUGGACGACCAGCAGUGGAACAUAGCCCGGCUAAAGCAUCUUACGAGGAUGGCCCGUAUUUGGAACGCCAUGUCUCCAGAGAGCAUCGUCCACGUCGAAUGUCGCAAUCCCAGCGGCGCCCGGAACCUUUUGACGAGGCCGAGGCCUUUUAUCUCAUGCCACCACCUCCCCCACCGCAACCAAAGCCAAAGAUAAUCCAGAAACGACCGGACCUCGCUCCGAAGCAGAUGGGAAAUGGAAGCAUGCCGCCUCCCACUAGCCGUCGUAUGUCCCAUUCACGCGACUCAUGGGACAUGUCGGAUUUGAAACAGGCUUUGCCUAACCAGCAAGUUCGCCCGAUCCAAGGAGCUCCGGAGCGUAGCCGCAGCGUGAGGACUAGGAGAACUUCCUAUCAUGAAUCUGAUGCUGGCCGUGAGAUUGCCAUUGAAAAUCCUCGUCGCCGGCGUACCCAGUACCAUGAAGAUGAACCUAGCCCUCGCCCGGUGGCCACUUCAGACUUGGAACAGAAGCAUCGCAGUGCCGAGGAAUAUCAAGCAGCAAAAUCCGGCCGAAGUUCGACUGCUGGGGUUGCUCUUACGGAGGACGCCUUGCGGCUCAAAAGCAAAAUCAAUCAGCAGCAGCGCCUGGAAAGUGAUAGCGGAAGCCAGAAAACUCGAUCCAACAGCAGCCGAGGAAGCGACGCCCGUACAAGGGAUGGUAGUGGAGUCGGUUCGAGGAUUGAAGAUGACAGCAGCUUUACUAUGACCAUGCAUGGAAUGACGAUUGGUUUUACGCAGGAGUCGGUUAACGGCAAACGGAUCCACCUUCGAGCGGAUGACAAUGGUGGUAUUGGCUUGAAUAUUGAAGGCCGCCGACCGAAAAAAUACAUCAUGCCUGCUGGCUCGGAGUAUACGACCGUUAGCAGCAGGAAAGAAAUCGAGGAUGGGCGGCGUGCUCGAGAUGAAAGACGCUCCGACCGUGCUUCUCGCCGGUCCAGCCGCUCCACGUACAGCGGUCGAUUCGAUUGA